AUGAGAAUACGCCUCGACAAGCGAACCCCAGCACCCUCGUUCGCAUUGUCCUUGCUGUUUCUGCUGCUGACCGUCAGUGCCAAUGUGUCGCCUGGUACUAAUAAUAGCUCCACCUCCCACCAGAAUCAACCGGGCGUAAAUAGCCCUUCGAACCCAAUCGAAGAUGUCGCGGGUGAUGCGUUAAGAUAUAAUGGGUCUUUGGAACGCGCGAACGGAUCUUCGCGGGCAUCCACGGCCAAACCAUGCUGUGAUAGUAAUAGCACCGACCACGGACCAUCGACGACGAGCCGAGGGUACCGGGUGGUGGUCGAUUUUUCCACCAACAUCGUCCAAAAUGAGUACAUAGUACUGUUCAAUGGCUACUAUAAACCGAGAGAGCGGGAAGCCUUCAUACAAUCCGCCUUGAACGGUUCGAAGGUACAAAAAUGGCGCAUAUUGCCACGGAACAAUCCGGCCCAGGAUUUUCCGAGCGAUUUCGACGUCCUGACACUCGAAGAAGCGAUCGAAUUCGCGGACGAUGGCCUAUCGCUGCUGCGCUCGCAUCCAUCCAUCAAAAGCAUAUCUCCACAGCGGAUUGUUCACCGGACGCUAAAGUACGUCCCAGUGCGGCAAAACGAUACCAACGAUGACCUGCCCGUUGAUAAAGAUACCGAUGAGGAGAUGAUGGAAGAAGAACAGCCGGAGGCUGAAUCCGAGCUCGAUUGGGACGAUCCCGAAACAAACGAUUUCGUUGAGUUUAUCCAACGGCGCCGUUUAACCACGGAAGAGGGUUUCCCGGCAUCAUCAGGCGAUUCAGCGCCUUCUCCGCCACCGCCACCACCACAUCCGCAAUCUCCUAAUCGGCACUCCAACCGGAGAUUGCUUCGCGCGAUUCCGCGACAGAUUACUGCCCUCCUUAAAGCGGAUGUCCUGUGGGGCAUGGGCAUCACGGGAAGCGGCGUAAAAGUGGCCGUGUUCGACACCGGACUGGCCAAAUCACACCCUCACUUUAAGCGCAUCAAAGAGCGCACUAAUUGGACGAACGAAAAGACGCUCGAUGACGGAGUCAGUCACGGGACAUUCGUGGCCGGGAUCAUUGCGUCGUCGAAGGAGUGCCUCGGAUUCGCACCGGACGCCGAGCUGCACAUCUUCCGCGUGUUCACCAAUAACCAGGUGUCUUACACGUCCUGGUUCCUGGACGCGUUUAACUACGCGAUUUUGAAGAAAAUCAACGUGCUGAACCUAAGCAUCGGUGGGCCGGACUUCCUUGAUCAGCCGUUCGUGGACAAGGUGCUGGAGUUGUCGGCGAACCGCGUCAUCAUGGUAUCGGCGAUCGGGAACGAUGGACCGUUGUACGGUACGCUCAACAACCCGGGUGACCAGAUGGACGUAAUCGGUGUUGGUGGCAUGGAUUACGCGGAUAACAUUGCCAAGUUUAGCUCACGUGGUAUGACCACGUGGGAGCUGCCGGGCGGGUAUGGCCGUCUCAAACCCGACGUCGUCACAUACGGCAGCCAGGUGAAGGGAAGCAACUUGAACGGGGGUUGUAAGUCACUCUCGGGGACCUCUGUUGCCUCACCGAUGGUGGCCGGAGCGGUUACGCUGAUUGCGAGUGGAAUACUCGACCGACCGGACAUCGAUUUGAACCCGGCUUCGAUGAAGCAAGCCCUGAUCGAAGGCGCACAGCGGCUUCCGGACAACAACAUGUUUGAGCAAGGCCACGGAAAGCUGAACAUCCUGCGUAGCAUGAAGGCGCUGGCAGCGUACCGACCACGUGUGACGCUUUCACCGGCGUAUCUCGACUUCACCGAGGAUUACAUGUGGCCGUACACGACGCAAAGUCUGUACUACAGCGCUAUGCCGGUCAUAGCGAACGUUACCAUCCUGAACGGGAUGGGUGUGAUUGGGCGAGUCAUCAACCGACCAACCUGGCAUCCGUACAGCAACGAACACGGUGAACUGCUGAACGUAUCCAUCAGCUACUCGGAACAGUUGUGGCCCUGGUCCGGUUGGAUGGCGAUUCACAUCAGCGUGAACGAGGCAGGUCGCGCGUUUGAAGGUAUCGCACAGGGUCACAUUACCCUCACGGUACAAAGCCCAGCCGGUGGUGGUGGAAACGAGCGUGAACCUCGCAACGGAACGGUCAGCUUCGCUAUCAAGGUGCGCAUCAUCCCGCAGCCACCACGUCAAAAACGUAUCCUGUGGGAUCAGUAUCACAGUCUGAGGUAUCCGCCGGGAUAUCUUCCGAGGGAUAAUCUUAAGAUCAAGUCUGACCCGCUUGAUUGGCGGGCGGAUCACGUGCACACGAACUUCCGCGACAUGUACACGCACCUGCGGAACGCGGGUUACUACGUGGAAGUGCUCGGUGCGCCGUACACGUGCUUCAACGCGUCUCACUACGGCACACUACUUAUCGUCGAUCCGGAGGAGGAAUUCUUCCCGGCGGAAAUCACCAAACUGAGGGAUGACGUGCUUGAGCGAUCGCUAGGUGUGAUCGUGUUCGCUGACUGGUACAACACGUCCGUCAUGAGGAGGAUUAAGUUUUACGACGAAAACACCCGCCAAUGGUGGAUGCCGGACACGGGAGGUGCUAAUGUGCCGGCUCUCAAUGAGCUGUUGCGUGGCUUCGGCAUCGGACUGGGAGAUCGUGUCGCGGAUGGGUACUUCGAUAUGCGGGACCACCGGAUGUAUUACGCUUCCGGGGCUAACAUUGUGCGGUGGCCAACGGGAGAAGGUACGAUUCUGGUCGAGCGGGAUCUGUUGGAUGAGGGACUGGCCAUCACGCAACCGGAUGAGCCGCGAUCGAAGGUCCGUACACGAACCGCCAUUCUCGGGAUGCUGCAAACGGAUCGGCGGAUGUACGCGAAGUUACAACCGGCCACACCAAACCCGGAUGGUGCCGCUGGUGGUCUUGUGAUGGCAUCCCUAGACGAACCACCCAACGAGGCGGCCGAGGAGAGAGAAGAAGAAGAGGACACCGUUGACGGGCGGAUCAAUCGGGAUGCGAUCCUUAACAAGCGCAUCCUGCUCAGUGCGGGUGGAAACGUUGACGAAGACGACGAAGUUCCGAACGAGGGUGGUGAGUUUAAUCGUGACGUAGAUCCGGCCGGAAAUCGGGUAGAUGCUGGAGAGGACGCAUUGCCGGAAGACGAUCGGGAAGCGGAUGAUUUAGGGCAGCUGCUUCGGGAAAGGACGAAAGGUGGUCGAGUGCAAAAUCACACCACUACCGCCCGUUCGAAGGAACCACCCAGUGGAAGGAUCGCGCUGUACGGUGAUUCGAAUUGCCUGGAUUCGACGCAUUUGGAGAAACCGUGCUUUUGGUUGUUGGAUUCACUGCUCGAGUACACGAUGACGGCGCAUGUCACGAGUUUGCUGCGUGAGCUUAAUGUUAGCCGGAAAACGGAUCAAAUUGAAGAUCUCGUGAAGAUGCCCCAGCGAAUGCCGAACAAUAAUCUGCACCUUUACUCGAAGGUACUCGUCCCACACACGACGACGGGUGAGAAGCGGCCACUACCGGUGUGCCAACGGUUACACUGGGAGCAUCCGAUCACGCUUAAUAUGUCCACGUUGGGAACCGGAAUCGAUCCGAACGAACGGUUGCUCAUCCAACAGCAGCAACAACAGCAACUUCCAGUGGUUCAGCAACGCCAACUGAAGCAAGGACCUCCCCAACCGAUGUUGCCCCUGAUCGGUAACGAUCUUGUCUACAGCAGCCGAGGACGUAGGUUGGAAAGUCAAAAAGGUGGUAACGCUCCGCUUGGUGCCAACGACGAACUAGACGUGCCUGGGUGGCGCAACAAAAAAACGGACAAAAUCCCACCCAACGCACCACCGAACGGGUUCAAUGGACCCUCGGGAGCACCACCGACGGCUGGCACUCCGAUGGCAGUUGGCGUUAAAAUCAUCCCGUUGGUGGGCGCAAGCGAGGAACCCGAUUACUACACGGUCGGGCGAGGGGAUGGCCAUGCGCACGGAACGAGUCCGGUGGCCAGCGGUACCCUACAAAGACUUCUCGAUUCUAAGGGCGUCCUGGCGUUGGGCCUUUUCGUCCUGCUUGCGCUGCUUAACUGGGUGCGCAAAUCGAAAGGCCUCACGAUCAAGCGGCGACUCCAUUAUGUCCUUAAGAAAGUUGGCUUCUAACGGAACGGGGCGUCGUUAUUGUUUUGUUUCAUCCUUACGGCUAUACCAAAACACAGUGCGCGCUGGUGUCCUGACACCCGGCGGACAAAAGACUCCCCAAAGGGAAGCAAACAAAAACCUAGGAUAAGGAAAUCUUGUGUAAGCUAGCUGUUUAGUUAGGCCGUGCUUUUUCACCCACCUCAGCUAUGCGAUAGGCGACUCAUCCCACGCUCAUUUUUAUCCCACAACGAUCCUUGCUCCUAGAGAGCGCUGUUUUUGCGUAUUUUGCGCAAGUGAUGCUUCAUUUACGGUAAUUUAGAAAAAAGAGUCCGUUCUCGGCGGGGAGUUUUGUAUGUUAUAACAGGGAAGUGUUAGGCAGAAUAAGGGAUUUAAUAAUGCGUAAGAAUAGCAUAUAACACGAAGAGGUCCUACCGUGUACAGUGUGAAUGAAAGAUCACAAAUCAUAAUGUCCUUUCGCCCAUGCAUUAGGAAGCUGCGGCAGGCUGGGCAGGAGUACACGAAAUAAAACGAAAAAAUAUUUUUGUAUUUUUUUGAUAAAGAAAAUGGC